ACAUGUUGGAGGGGUGGGGGGAGCUGAUUGCAUAAUACUCUCUUGUGGACUCCUUUAGUCUAAUUGCUGUUUUGAAGUUCGUCCUCAGUGCAGGUCAACAGGGAGAAGAUAAACCCCACCCUGAUGGUCACACCUUCUGCUCUUCAAGUGAAAGAAGAAGAACAUACGUAGAAUGUUGACAACUGCAUGACUGCAACCUUGAUCCCACUGAUCUGGGAAGAAAAUGUGCUCAUGUAGAAAGAUACGUAGAUGCACAGUCAAACUACACCACCGAAAUAAGAAUACUGUUGUCAUCCAUUAACCCGGAGCAGGAACAAGAUGGCUGCCUUCCUCCACCACUGCCCUUUCUUCAAGUCUGCCACUAAGCCAGCUUUGAGGAGAUCAGGACCCUCCUUGCUGUCUCUGGCCAAUCAAUGUCCCAUCAUUGCACGUCAGAUCAGCGUCAGCGGGUCAGCUUCCUUCGAGGCCAAGUUGAGCACCCUCUCCGCUGUUGCUGACUGCCGCCAGCCUCUCAUGCUGCACCAAAGGAGGAUGUUUGCUCAAACAGCUCCUCAAGUAGCCGAGUCGGCGCCAAAGGCUUGCCCAUUCGUCACCUCUCACAUCGGCUUGGUUCGAGCCAGGCCUGAAGUGCAGGAGGAUGUCCAAGAGGGCCUGGUGUUCAAAGAUCUACAGGAGUCCCUUCUCUCCAAAUCACCUCAAACCAUCAGUCACCUCCUCAAAGACAACAUGGCUGGCCCCAGCUAUGACUAUGACCACUUCUUCUCCCAGAAGAUUGCCGAGAAGAAAGAGGACCACACAUAUAGAGUCUUUAAGACUGUAAACCGCAGUGCGACAUCAUUUCCCUUCGCAGAGGAUUACUCUGUGUCAGACCGUGACGGAUCCCAAGUGUCUGUUUGGUGCAGCAAUGACUACUUGGGCAUGAGUCGGCACCCCCGGGUCAUUAGCGCCAUCAGUGAGACCUUGAGCAGGCACGGUGCAGGAGCAGGUGGCACCAGGAAUAUCUCAGGUACGAGUAACUUCCACGUGUUUCUGGAAAAGGAGUUGGCCCAGCUCCAUCAGAAGGAUGGCGCUCUGGUCUUCUCUUCCUGUUUCGUGGCAAACGACUCUACUCUCUUCACAUUGGCCAGGAUGUUGCCAGGCUGUGAGAUCUACUCCGAUGCCGGGAACCACGCCUCAAUGAUUCAGGGCAUCAGGAACAGCGGAGCAAAGCGUGUCAUCUUUCGGCACAAUGACAGCCAACACCUCAAGGAGCUACUGCAACGCUCUGACCCCAAGACGCCCAAAAUAGUGGCAUUCGAGACGGUGCAUUCAAUGGACGGUGCUAUCUGUCCUUUAGAGGAGCUGUGUGAUGUUGCUCACCAAUACGGCGCUCUGACUUUUGUUGACGAGGUCCACGCCGUCGGCCUGUAUGGAGCCCACGGAGCUGGAGUGGGGGAGAGGGACAAUGUUAUGCACAAGAUUGACAUUGUGUCUGGGACCCUCGGCAAGGCCUACGGCUGUGUGGGAGGCUACAUCGCCAGCAGCGCCGCCCUGGUAGACACGGUGCGCUCCUUCGCAGCCGGCUUCAUCUUCACCACUGCCCUGCCCCCGAUGGUCCUGGCUGGAGCUCUGGAGUCCGUGCGUGUCCUGAAGGGCACCGAGGGACAGUCACUGCGCAGAGCACACCAGAGGAAUGUCAAACACAUGCGGCAGCUGCUCAUGGACAGGGGCCUGCCGGUGGUCCACUGUCCCAGCCACAUCAUCCCCAUACGGGUGGGCAAUGCUGAGCUGAACACCAAGGUGUGCGACACUCUGCUGGAGAGACACAACAUUUACGUGCAGGCCAUUAACUACCCUACAGUGCCCCGUGGCGAGGAGCUGCUGCGCCUGGCUCCAUCCCCUCAUCACCACCCUGCCAUGAUGGAGUAUUUUGUGGAGAAACUAUUGGACGUGUGGCAGGAGGUGGGACUCAAGCUGAACAACCCUGCGGCUGCUUCCUGCACCUUCUGUGACCGCCCUCUGCACUUUGACCUCAUGAGUGAAUGGGAGAAGUCCUACUUUGGCAACAUGGAGCCCCAAUACAUAACUGUGUCUGCAUAGAGGACAACUACUCUUAUCAAUAACACAGAUGAAUAUACAUGUUCAGUCCAGGCCAACAGUUUCUCAUUCAGUGCGUUUUCUUCAUCUUCAUGUCUUUUUUUUGAUAGUGCUGCAAACUCUUGGUGUUCUCUCAAUGAGCCUCAAUGAGAGGUGUGCCUUGUCAAGGUUACUUAAUGGGGGUGGGACCCUUGUGUUGCGUGGGUCCAAACUUUUGGCGUGUUCUGUAUAUUUAAUUAUCCCUAGUGUGUACUCAAGACAAUUAACUCCUGCUUUCUAUAUACUAAGAAUAUACAUUUAGAUGUUUUCUCAUAUUAAUAUGAAGAACAGUAUAAUUCCUACAUGUUUCCUGUAUGAAUGGUGUAUUUGCCACUGUGGAUAUGACUAUGGAAAAUUGUGCCUUCUCUAGCUUUAAAACAUAACUCCUGCACAUUGGGCACUUUCUUAUCUAUUGUAGUUUGCAUUCAAAUAAGUUGCGUGACUUUAUGUUUGGCUUGCACAAUGAGAAAGAAAUAUGAAGACUUCUAAUGUAUACAAAUGUCAUUGGUUUAUAAAUGGGUCAGUAAAACAGAAAAUACAUUUAGAGCUGCAACAGAGAGACUCUAAUUAACUAUUUUAGAUUUUAGUACUUUAGACUGUUGGAUAAACAUUGCACAAAACAUGGAAUGAUAUUUAUGAAAUAAAAUACAUCCUAACCCUAACCUGAAAAAGAUUGUGUUUUGUCAAACGGUUCGCACAGGUACUGUGCUGUUCAUGUUGAUGCAAUAUAGUCUCAUUCCAGCGUGACAGUGUGUGAUUCCUAAAAAAAAGAACCCUUUUUGAAGUGCAAAGCAGUCAAAAGUUUUACAACACAUCCUUAUUUUCUCAAACAAAAAUUCAUGCCCAAACCUUUAUGUACUGUUUAUUUAAGAUCAUUGUUUGAAUGCCUGAACUAAGGCUUUUGAGUUAAGCGUAAUUGUACUAAAGAUAUUCUACUGUAUAAGCUAGCUGAUUGGAUCACCAUUUGGUUUGAGGACUCACUAGUUGACAUUACAUGGGCUAGCCACUUCUCGCUUGACCUUGGCUCUCAUUCUGCGGAGUUCUGCAUUGUCACCAUCCACAACAAGGCCACACUCAAUUAAAGUCCAAGCUUUGCUGAGCUGCUGCUCUCCAUAGUGCUGCAGUGCCCCCCGCAAAAAGCACUCUGCCAGCCGUAGCCGACCCACACCUUCUUCCACACAUUGAAUGGUCCGCUCCCUGUGGAGCUCCAUAGCCCGGCUAAAAUCUUCCAGAGCUGGUUCUUCUCUGGAACAAAGCACCAGGCUGUGACCGCGUCGACAAAGACUUUCUGCCAAGACUUGGGGGUUUUCAGAGCAGCUGGUGUCGGACCCACCAUAUUUCUGAAUGACUUGGUCGAGGUCGGCAAUGGCACGCUCGUGGAAGCCCAGUUGAGCGAGGCAGGAAGCCCGCUCGCGAAUGUACUGAUGUCUCUGUUUGUCUGCAGCUUGUACUGCCACAGUCAAAAGAGGGAGGGCCUGAUCCCAGCUUCCAUCUGAAGACAUGAUGUUGGCAUCCUGUGCCGCUGCCUGCCAUUGAACAAGUGUUAUAUUUGGAUAAUGGGUGUUGUACUUGGAUAAUGAACACACAGUACUGUGCAAGGCUUAGGGCAUCAUUUUGGCGUUAGUAAUGACCAAAUACCAAUAAAUACAAUGUAUCAUAUCGCCCUAUUUCA